CACACAUACACACUGAUGCUCCUGGAGUGGAAAUCAGGUGUUUUGCUUUGGUCAGAAAUUAAAAAGGAAGAGUUACGGUUUUUCGUAUAUCGUCAUGGAUUCAGAACGGCCACAAGUUCAACCCUCAGAAAACGUCGCCACUUUUUCUACAUCGCGGAAGAACAGCAUCAAAGCAACGAGCUUUCAAGAAACGCAAACGAUGACUUGUCCUAUGCGUACGCAAGGGGAUGGAAUGGAAAAUAUAACGGAUGAGAAAGUAGACAAAAAGCCGACAAAAGUCCGCUUAGGAGACACACUAAUUUACCAUCCCACAAAUUUGAAACAAUCAAACUCUACACCUCCGGUAACACCCGUUGGCAUGAUAGUAAACCUUACACCAAAGAGUGUUGCCCAAGUAAAGAAAGAGAAGCAUAUAUUGAGUUCUUUGAAGUCAAAGGAGCCGAAAUUCGUGCCGUAUGAACCUUAUAAGGCUGCUGUUAAUCCAAUUAUUCCCUAUCAGAAGAAAACUAGAAAGGCAUCAAAGAAUAAUUUGGAUAUUAAUGUGAUGGUCUCCCAAAUGGCCAUGCUAACUGCAAACGAGGCUGAGAAGAGAAAUCAGACUUAUGCCAAAGUGAAAGAGAGUGCUGCAGAAAAUGCUGGCAUAGAUGCUCUAAGUGCAGAAAGAAAAGCUUACGAAGCUGAGAUUCAGAAGCUCAAAGAAGAAAAUUCUCAGCUGGAAAGCCAGUUGAAAUUUCAGGCACAGGUGAACGGAGAGUUAAAAAAUCUUUUGGUAGCAGCUGUAGGAGAAGAUUUGGAAACAAAAGUUCACCUUUUGACAGAGGAUAAGCUUCAAUUAGCUCGCGCUCUGCUCAACUCUGCUCAAAAUCUGAAUACCCAUCAAGAACAAACUGAGUGGCUGGCUGGUCAAUGCGAAGUUUGGAGAAGCAAAUUUUUAGCUAGCAGUUUGAUGGUAGAAGAACUCGCUCGAUGGAAGGCCGCACUUUGCCAAAGGACUACCGAUCUGCAGGAGACGAUAAAGCGGCUAUUAGAAGAACGUAGCAAAGUAAGAGACACCACUCUUAGAACAUACAGAACACUGAGCUUGCUUCGUGAGAACUUUGACUCUGUUGGAACAGUGUCAAAUCAAAGGCACGAGUUGCCUAGUACAAAUAUUGUGGAUUUGAGCCAAGGUUCAUGUCAGCUGGCUGAAAUUCUUAAGGUCCAGUUACUCGGUGGCUUAGACAAGAUUCAUCGUCGUAGAGAAAUAAACAUUGUCGGCUUGGAGAUGAAAACUCUAGCGGAAAAACAUGCCGAACAGUUACUGAUGAACCCAAAUUUAUUAUUGUCUGGAAGACAGGAUGCAGCAUGUAGUGCCGUUAUGGGUGCAGCGGUGGCCGUCGGAGGUCAACUUUUCUUACCCUCGCAAACCAGCUGCCCGACCAUAGCUUGCUGUCCACACUGCAGUGGUGAGACAAAGCAAAUCUGAAAUGAAAGUAAAACUAGAAAAACAUUGCUAACGCUGCAUUGAAAACGAUGAGAAUAUUACUUGAUGCCAGUGCUAGAAACAUUGAUAUGCGAAAUGAGUGCUUCCACCUUAUGUGAGUCAUUUUAAUAUUCUUAUAAUCUAUUCCAUUAAUAGUGUAAUAAACAGAGAAUAAUUAUUCUUCUAAAAUGUAAUGUAAAAUUAUAAAUCGGGACGCGAAUUACCACAUCAUCACUUUUGUUGUUUGGUAUUCAAGACUACUGAUGUCAUUCCGAAUGGUUGCUAUACUUUUAAACCUUUUUUUCUACUGGCAAACUAUGUCACUCAUAUGGUUCUAUGCAUGCAUUAUUUAGUUUGACACAUUGUGAGAUAUUGACUAUUAUGCCUUGAUGUCGAUUGGUUUGGAGGAUAAAUGUAGUUCAUGAUACAUCACCAAAUAAGUUUUGGAGCAUGCUGCGUAAUGUUUCAAACGCUCAAGCGCUAUGCUCAUUUUGGGUCACUAUAAAAAUAGAACUCGUCUUUGAGUAUGUUGUAUCAAUUGUACAAGCUCCACUUUAUUAUGUUACAAUAUGCAUAAAAGCAUUUUGUGACUGUACUGAGGUCAAUAUGUAUAUUUGAGGGUGAGGAUGUUUGAUAUUUUGCGUGUAUUGUAGAUGAUAAUUACAUAUUCAUGUCAGGAAGUACUGGGAAGUCGGGGAACUUUGUGGCCUGGAACGAGACAAUAAAACU